AUGAACAACACGACACCAUCAAUCACGAUUCAAAACAACUCUCAUACAACAACUUGUGCUUCCACUACCUUCACCAUCAACUUGAAUCCUUCUCAACAACAACAACAGCGAUUAUUGCAAACAACCACUCCUCAUCAGCAUUUUCGUUCCUUUUCUACUCCCAUCACAACUAACCUGAUGCCACCACAAAACUCUACACUCUUGAUGAUGAAUUCGACGAGUACGAGUGGAGGAAAUGUGAACUCUCCUUCCUCCUCAAAUCAACAUUACCAAUUUCACAUUACUUCUGCAUCAUCGAAUAAUCAUUUGAAUAAUUCUUCUUCCAAUCAUCAUCUUCAAGUGAAUCAUCAUCUCAAUAACAUCAACAAUAAUAAUAACAAUAAUAAUAACAAUAACAACAGUGGUAUUAAUUUGAGUGGACUCUUAUUGAAAAAUCGAUGGAAAAUUCAAGGUUUAUUGGGACAAGGUAGUUUUGGAUCGAUUUAUUCGGCACAUGAUUUAGUGACGUCGGAUGAGGUUGCCAUCAAGGUGGAAAAGAUUCAAUUAACGAAAAACAACUUGUCACCAUCAACAUCGAAUGGCGUUCCAGCUUCUCCACAAAACGCCAUUCCACACACUUCUUCGCUCAAAGUUGAAGUAUGCGCACUGAAAAACCUUCAAUCCUGUCGAUAUGUUGUCACGUAUAUUCACAGCGGUAGACAAUAUGUAAAUUAUGGAACUGAUACAAUAGCUCUGAAUUUUCUAGUGAUGGAAAGAUUGGGAGAAAAUCUUGCAGAAUUGAGAAGAAAAACCUCGAGUGGAGUUUUUUCAAUUGCAACCACAAUGCGAUGUGGAGUUCAAAUGAUUGAAUGUGUCGAAGAGGUUCAUAAAGUUGGAUUUCUUCACAGAGAUAUCAAACCGGCCAAUUUUGUUACAGGAAAAUCAAAGAACACUCAAGGAAGAAUUUAUCUCAUUGACUUUGGCCUUGCUCGAGCUUUUAAACACGAAGAUGGAAAUCUGAAACCACCUCGAAAAGAUGUUGGAUUUAGAGGAACACCUCGAUAUGCAAGUGUGAAUGCACACAAUGGAAUUGAGUUGAGUCGACGAGAUGAUUUAUGGUCGAUAUUUUAUGUGAUGGUGGAAAUGGUUGGAGGUAAUUUACCGUGGAGGAGAAUUCGUGACAAGCCAACUAUUGGAAAACUGAAAGAAACUCAUACCUUUCAAAACACUGAAGAAUUACUCCGUGGCUUACCACCACAAUUUUCGACCAUGUUAAACUACCUGAAAAAACUUUCCUUUGAAUCCGAACCUGACUAUGAAUAUUUGAAGAAUAUUUGUAAAUCCUAUUUCUCUCCUCACAAAGAUUCCUUCGAUUCUAGAACCUAUGAUGAGUGUCAAUUUGAAUGGGUUACAAUAUCAAAUGAUCUCAACCAUGACAGUCAUGAUUUAUCUCAGGAAUUCAUCAUUACCACAAAUCCAGACCGAACCGACUCGAGAUCAAGAACUACCAAGUUAUCGACCUCUGUCUUUUUUGGAUCCACUCAUCUAAGUGCCAAUAGCAACCUUGGAAAUCAAGCAGCAUUGAGCAAUGGUGGAAGUGGUGGAGAAUUUUCAAAAUCACUUCCUGACAUGUAUAAAAAGAAGAGCAAUCAUGAGGAGGACAUGAAUGAAGAGGCAGCAGCUCCUGGAAAGAAGAGACAAAAGAAAAAGAAGAAGAAUGGAAAUGACGAUGAUAAUAAUCAUGACAACUCUAAACAUCAGUUAGGAUUACGACCUGAGAAACAGCCACAUUGUAAAUGCACGAUCAUGUAA